CUCUUUGCUACAGCAGCUCUAUGACGAAGCAAGUUUUUUGGGUCUUCGUGGAGCCGAAAUGAGCUCACCCCGGAAUUUUCUCCGCCAGCCAUGGGCUCGCCAGCCUUCGGACAACGAACGACCAGGCUGUUUUCAGGCAAAAAGAAAGAAACGAUAAUAAUAAUGGGUCGACCUACAGAGUACCGAGUACAAUGACACCGGAACAGAGUAUACAGUAUAUUCAUCGCCUCGAUUGGCACAGUCCAGGUUGUUGCAGAAAAUCUUCGGGAACAAGAAUUAACCGUCUGUCUCAAUACCGCACGUCCUUGCUUAGUACUGCCCGUGUCGCCUUCCAAUUCUGUUCUCUCGUCACGUUUCCUACAAUAUCUAUACUACCCUUAAAUCUGGCCCCCUUUCUUCCGGACCCGAGCUUCUUCCUACUCAUGUUGAACAUUGCGCAGGACAGAGAGGGCACAGUGUGUGGAACCCCCGAAACAGCCACAUGCACAAGUGUGUACCUUCUGCAUGGUGGGAGGGAUGGACACGAAUACCCACCUUCCGUACUGAUACAUACGUUGUCUAUGGCCAGCAACGGACACACCAGCAUAACGAAGCAAAAAGGCACUAUCCUGAACGACCUACCCCGUAUUCGUACAAAGUAUGGAUACUUUGUAGUGUACAUAUCAGGAGCCCCCUUCCCCGCUCGCCCCCCCUCGCGGCUAGACCCUAUGCUCGCUCGCUUCUUACUUCGUGCAGGUGUCUCCACGUCCGUCUUGAGAGAGAGACGGCCAAGCAAAAGAUCUUGUCCCAUCCACCCACCCCAAUCCCAGUCCCACCAAGAGUCCAACCCAGUUCUUCAUCAGCCUUUAUUAUUACAUACACGUACGUUGUACGGAGUACUGAAUAUUUCGAGUCCGAGCGCUCGGUCCACACCUCCCUGCCGCCUCCACGUCCACAUACUCCAAGCUUCUAACCUGCGUCCACAAUUUCAACCCACCCCCCGUUCCUCUCCAUAUGCACCACUCAGCUUCUGGCUUAUUUUCCCGCAACAGGCGGCAUGGCUUAAUUCCAACGAAUCCACAGCCGUUGCACUCCCCGCUAACGCUCCUCAACCCCAAAGUAAUUAGUGUAGUUCAAAGAUCCCCUUUCCACUCUUUUUUCUCCCACUGCUGUAACGGCCGACGAUCCUCUUCACCCACCCAUUUUGUGCUUCCGCCCACUCAACCCGUCCGUCCCUCACCUGUCCGCCUCCAUCCGUUCCCAUUACCCGUGAGCCUACGAAGAAAGGACGACUGUUGGCUCUGCUCGAUCCAGCUUCGGUUCGCAUAGCCUGCCUGCUUGCUGCUAGCCAUGUUAUAGAGGCGUUUCGUCAAUUCGUGGCAUGGCCUUUGGCGGAGCUGAAAGCGACCCAGACGCGAGACCUUGCGGCACCUGCCCUCCCCCUUCCUCCCCCCCCCGGGAACCAC